GAGGCCCCGCCCUGCCGCGGUCUUUGCGUCUUUCCGGCUUCGUCCUGGAAGUAGGACAGUGCUGCAUCUUCCAGGAGAAGAAGCUAGGGGUUUGGCGAGAACCUGGAAGCAGAGCCGGGCCGCGGGGACCUGGGGCUGCUGCUCCCGGGUGCUGGGGUGGAGGGCCGAGUAGCGACCGGGCACGCAGGGGCUUCCGGAAGGGCCGCGUGCGCACGACGAGCGGGAGUUGUGGACUCGGGCCUGCCGCGCGCCUCACUCCGCCCCUCGGGAGCCCCGCUCAGGGCGCGCCGCCAGGGGUUUCCAUGGUGAUGGUAAACAAGCCUCAACUGCAUCAGCUACAAAUGCCAAGUCCCCCGCGUUCCACCCUCCUCUAGGUGCUCAGGGAAACGACCGAGGCGCCGGGUGUGAGGAAGAGCGGGAGCGCAGAGACUCGGAGCCCGAGGUGAGGGGCGGGACGGACGGCGAGUCCGAAGCCGAGGGCCGCGCACCCGGAACCAACUGGGGACUGAGCCCUCUCGGGCCAUAAAAUGUUGUAGCCAAGCUAGUUUGAUGCCUGCCCUGUCAAGUGUCCCUGAUGCUUGGUCCUUAAGGCGAUGGAGGAUUGAUGACCAGCUCACCCUGGUGCUGUCUGCUGAGAUGUGCAGAAUUUCCAAAAUUGAAGAUGGGCAUCAGCUCCACCUUUGUACUUCUCUACACGUUUCCUAGACCCACAGAAGAUGAACAAAUCUCAGGGGUCAGUGUCAUUCAAGAACGUGACUGUGGACUUCGCCCAGGAGGAGUGGUGGCACCUGGACCCUGCUCAGAGGACCCUGUACAGGGACGUGAUGCUGGAGAACUACAGCCACCUCGUCUCAGGGGGGUAUUGUGUUACCAAACCAGAAGUGAUUUUCAAAUUGGAGCAUGGAGAAGAGCCGUGGAUAUUAGAGGAAGAGUCCCAAACCCAGAGGCCCAGCAGAGACACAGUUCCUGGUGCAAGACAAGUCCAGGUGCUCUGCUUGUAUCCAGAAUUGGAAGAUACUAUGAGGAGAAAGAAAAAAGCCCAAAUAGCAGGAAAUUUGGAUUUCACCUCUUCAUGAUUCUCCCUAUUCUGAAUUUUUGGUCUCCCUUAUCCUUGUUGCUUCCACAACUGUCUGUUGCUUUUAAAAUAUGUUUCUGUUUUUCUAUGGGCUUUGCUAGAUGUUUUCAGAAGGAAUGUCAGCCUACAGCAAUGUAAUACAUUCUUCCAUGAGGAGACGUGUGUUAAUGUUUUUACAAAAUAUUAUUAGUUUUUAAUUUUACAAAGAAUUAAUAACAUAGUCUGUUUUAAAAAGUUAGCUAUUUAGACCAUCUUUCUCUCUUUCUCUUUCUAUGUUUUUGUGUAUAUAUUGUAUAAUACAGUACUAUAGCAUUUUGGGAGAAAUUUUAAUUAUGCAAAUAUGAGAUAGCAUUUUCUAUUAUAUAUAUAACACUGUACAAUACUAAUAAAUUCUCACAUUAUGCACAAAAUUCAAAACAAUGCAAUUCCUCCCCAAAUUUUCAAAGUUGUCAGGAAUUGCAGAAGUUCAAAAACUGCCAUGACAAGUGAGUUGGAGGCCGUGUUUAUGGUAGUGUUAUUCAGUGUUGCCCUUCAGCAAAAUUUAGCUCUCUCAUUUUUUCCUUGGAAAUGAACCACACUUAUAUUAAUGUGCUUCAUAACAUUUGUUAAUGAUCUGGUGAAAUUUGCUAUUAUUUUAUAUUUAAUACAUUUUCAGUUAUUUGACCCUCAUAAACAAAUAUAACAUUGUCACCCAUGCAUUGAUAUCUAGUUUUAGUGUACUAACUUUAGUGGAAUUUUGAUAAUCAAAAGAAGAUUAAACCUCAAACGCAUGCACUGUACACAUACUCUGGUAGAGAACAGUAUGUGAAAUAGUAAAGGUAAUGCUGAGAAAAUAAAAAGCAGCAUUAAAGCAGAAAUCAUCCAAAGUUGAUGUAAUGGUAUGCUCUUUUUGAAUGCUUCCUCUCUAAUUUAUUUUUAUUCCUGUGAGAAAAUUAGUCUUGAAAUAUGUCUGAAGGAGUUCUGCCAAUUUCUCAUGCCAAAUCUUUCAUUAUAGUUAUCUGUUCUCGUAUGUAAAUAGGAUUUUAUAUCUUGAUAUCUUUCUUUUAGGAAAAAUAUGAAAAUGGUCUUAAAGGGUUUUAUAUAACCUGCAUUUUUAAUUUCACCUUAUAUUGUGACUAUCUUCCCAUUUGAGAAAGUAUACCUUUGUAUUGCCAUUUAUAAUUUCUCCCAAUAAACCACACUGCAAGUGGCCGUGUAGAUUGGUACCAUCUUCUUGCUGUUAUGAUUUAAAUUGUCAGGUACAUCUUUAAGAUAUUAUUUCCUUAGUAAAUUGCCUAAAAUGGAACUUCUAGACUAAAUGACAUGCUUCUUUUAUUAUAGUCUGUCUCUAGGUAGAGUUUCUACAAUAGCACUAUCCAAUAUAACUUUUCUCAGUGAAGGAAAUGUUCUGUGUCUGCACUGUCCAAUAUGUCAGGAGCUACA